AUGCUGCAGAUCAGAUGGCACUUGUCCUACAUCUGUGUCCAGGCAUGGCUUAUGGCUGCUGCCUGCCUCUUCAACUGUAGUGCUAGUGCUAGUGCUAGUGCAUGCGGGGUAAUGUGGUACAAAACUACUGUGGCCGAUCAGAAAGGCAGUGAAAGUGGAUUUCUGGGCUCUCUGUCAGCAGCAGUUAUGCUAUGCAUGCAGUAUAUUGUCAUCAUCAUUUGCAGUGCUGUACAGGGUGCUGCUUUUGAUAGCUAA